AUGUCGUCAGAAGGUUCAGAUAUCGAGUUACAGUCGGCACUACCAAAAAAAACAACAAAAAAAAUGCCCAAAAGUCCUUCAGAAGACUUACUAAAGAAGAAACAAGUGAAGAAAAAUAUAGAGACACAAAAAGAAGAUACGAAGAAGUUAAGCACAAAAUUCAUGAUUCACCAAGCCCUAAUCGACUUGAAAAGUAGGAAAGGUGUAUCUUUACAAGCUAUUAAGAAGUAUUUAACAGAAAAAUAUAAUGUUGAUACAGAGAAAAUCAAUUAUAUCAUCAAGAAAUACAUUAAAAAAGCAGUUGAAGAAGGUACGAUUAUCCAAACAAAGGGUAUUGGUGCGUCAGGUUCCUUUAAACUCGUUGCCUUGAAGGAGAAAAAAGCUAAACCAAAGAAGAAGAAAGAAGAGAAAGAAGGAAACGAAAAAUCCAAAAAGACAGAUAAACCUAAGAAAAUGAAAGAAACAUCUAAGAAAUCUUUAGAAAAAGCCGUUAAGUCGAAAACUAAACAAAAGGAAGGCAAAUCAGAAGAUAAGCCAAAAAAAUUCAAGAAGGUGAUGAUGAAGGAAAAGGUACCUACCGAUAAACAGGUUGAGAAAGGUACGGAAAAAACAAAGAAAACAAAAAUUACGAAAGCUAUGCAAACUCCCGCCAAAAAGAGGGCGGCCAUGUUGAAAAGAAAAAGUAUCGGUUCGAUAAUAAAACCGCCAAAAAUGAAACCAAAAGCUAAAACAUAA